AUGGGAGGUCUCAAUGUCGUGGCUCUCAUUUCGGGUGGCAAAGAUUCCCUCUUCUCCGUUUUGCACUGCCAGGCCAACGGCCACCAGGUGAUCGCUCUUGCCAACCUGCACCCUCCACAUGACAGCGAAUCCGGACCAUCCGAGGACUUGGAGAGCUACAUGUAUCAGACCGUCGGUCACGCAGUCAUUCCGCUGUACGAGAAAGCGCUUGCUCUGCCCUUGUAUCGACAGGAAAUCACGGGCUCGGCGGUAAAUCAGCAGAAGAGCUACGGGCCUGCUACCGCCAUCGACGGAAGCUCCGAAGACGAAACCGAAUGCCUAUUGCCCCUCUUGCGGAAGACCCUGGCUGCACACCCAGAGAUAAAUGCCGUAAGCACCGGUGCCAUCCUAUCCGACUACCAGCGCACUCGUGUGGAAUCGAUUGCUCUUCGACUUGGCCUCACUCCUCUUUCCUAUCUGUGGCAGUGGCCCACGCUGCCCCCUCAGACGCAAACUUCCCUAUUGGAAGACAUGGCAGCUAUUGGCCAAGAUGCGAGGAUUAUCAAGGUCGCCUCUGGCGGGCUCGAUGAUAGCUUUCUCUGGCAGAAUGUAGCAGAUCGUCUUACGAUUAACCGACUCUCAAAAGCUGCUGAACGGUUCGGACAAAUUGGAGACGGUGCUGUACUCGGUGAGGGUGGCGAGUACGAGACUCUUGCCAUCGAUGGCCCUGCUCCGCUUUGGAAAGGACGCAUCGUCGUCCCAGAGGGCCAUGUCAGUUCCGUCCAAGGUGAAGCCGGCAGUGCAUCCAUCAGACUGCGCAAUCCUUCGUUCGUUCCUCACGACUCGGAAGCACAACCGGCCAAUGGCGUCCGCAUUCCGCUUGUUCUAGAGCCGCGAUUCCAGGUGAUGGCAGAGGAUAUCCUAUCUGAAUCCAAAGAUCAGCUGGAGAAGCAACCGCCUCUGGACUUGGCCAUCUCAGUGCCUAAAGAAUCUACUAAUUGCGCUACAAUCCUUUCUGGUGUAACGGCACCCGGCAUUGAUGCCGCAGAGCAGGCACGUGGUAUCAUGGAUCAAAUCACCAGCGACUUGAAGAUCCAGGGCCAUGAAGCCAGCGACAUUGUCUACACUAUCAUCGUACUUCGUAGUAUGUCGGACUUUGCAGCCGUCAAUGCUGUGUAUGGCAGUUGCUUCACGAAGCCAAACCCACCAGCUCGUCUGACGAUAGCCUGCGCCGAUGUCUUACCUCAGAAUGCUCUCCUAUCAAUCAGCACGAUCAGUAGCAAAGCUCGUCGCGAGGGCAUGCACGUCCAAUCAAGAUCCUACUGGGCUCCAGCGAACAUAGGACCAUACUCGCAAGCCAUCAAGAUCUCGUCUGAGCCAGCAGCAUCCCCCAUUGCUGGUUGCGUCUACAUUGCAGGGCAAAUUCCGCUUACACCAGCCUCUAUGGAGCUUCCGCCUCCGUCACCUUCACCACAGGAAACUUUUGCUCACCAAGCUGUCCUGGCGUUACAGCAUCUGGAUCGCAUCGGGCGGGCUAUGAAAGUAAAACAAUGGGUCUUCGGCAUCGCAUUUGUCACGGCGCCCACGGAAAAAGCAGCACUAUCAACGAGGACAAAAAUCUUACGCCGCGCAUGGCAAGGAUUUCACCAGCCCCAAUCUGCCGGCAAGAGCUCUUCAGAUGAUUCCGAGUGCGAGGAUUUCGACGUUUGGCACCUGACGCAUGGCUCUUCAGCUGCUCCUUGGCGGGUCGACAACAGAGCAGAAGAAGUCAAGAUGAGUGAGACCGGUGGAAGUAUACCUCGUCUUGUGGUCAUACAGGUUGACAGUCUACCCCGAGGCUCAGAUGUCGAAUGGGUUGGGCACGGAAAGAGUAUUCCCGGUGAAGAUUCGUCUGUGCCACUGCAUGUGCGGAGCCUGCUAUAUGCUUUUCGGACUCGGAUCCUUGCCGAAGAGGCUGACUGA